UUGUGAAAGCACAGAGCUUGCUUCACAUUGCAGCGUGCGGCUGCUCAUGUUGCCGGCUGCUCAGGACCAAUUAUUAAAAACGGAGAGUAAAAGUUGUUCAGUCGUGUGACCAACCCUUUCCCGCGUUGGUAAUAAAAUGUCUUAUUGCAGGCAGGAAGGUAAAGACCGCGUCAUAUUUGUGACCAAGGAGGACCAUGAAGCACCAAGCAACGCCGAGCUGGUGGAAGACGACCCCAAUGACCCCUAUGAGGAUCACGGUCUCAUUCUGCCCAACGGGGACAUUAACUGGAACUGCCCGUGUCUGGGGGGGAUGGCCAGCGGCCCGUGCGGCCAACAGUUCAAAGACGCCUUCUCCUGUUUCCACUACAGCAAGGAGGAGGUGAAGGGCUCCGAUUGUGUCGAAUAUUUCCGCGGCAUGCAGGAGUGCAUGCAGAAAUACCCCGAACUCUACCCGCAGGAGGACGACAACGAGAGCGCCCCCUCUGACGCUGCUGCACUUGUCGGCUCCAGCACUGACUCUGCUUCUGUCUCUGCUUCUGUCUCAGGCUCGGAGGAAGCAGUGACGAGCACAGAAAACCCUGCAGCGAGCUAAUCUCUCUCUCUCACACACACACACACACACACACACACACACACACACACACACACACACACACACACACACACACACACACACACACACAGCCUUUCAACCUCUGAACUGAAAAUAAAAACAAAGCUCAGAAACACUUGUAAGGAGGCAAGAUGUCAUGAGAAUAAUGAUAGAAAUGAUAAUAAUGACUAACAAUAGUAAUAAUUUUAAAAAAAUGUCUGAGGUCAGUGCUAAUAUCUGGAAAUGAGAACGAAUGAAGGACUUGAGUGGUUUUUGAUGCUCCUGAUCAUAUAUGAUGAUUAAUGCUCAUGUCUAAAGGACCACGUCUGCACUGAGUCGUCUUUAGAUGCUUUUCUUGACGAUAUAAAAAAAAACAACCAAUGUCUUGUGUUUCACACUGCUGUCUUUAUCUUCAAUGUGUAGUUUGUCUCAAACUGCGUGUGAUAUUUCUGUACUUCUGACGUCUUCUCCUCGAAUGCUCCUUUUUCAGUUUAGCUGUCAGCAGAUCAUUUUAGGAUAUACUUCACUGAUGUAGUGCCGAGAUAUAAUGUGUAUGCUGAAAGUGGGAAAACAAAGUGAUCCUGGUUGUCCAAGAUGGCCGCCUUGUAACCUUACAGUGUUUUACAUGGUUUUGUUUGUGUUGAACGAUUACAUCAUGGCGCACUGUGUGAUAUCACUGAAAAACCGAUUUUUAAAAAAGAUUUUGGGGGAGGGGCUUGGAGUCUGGAAAACUCCAAGUCUUUUAAAACCGCAACAAUGUCACAGAUGUCGCAUCUUCAAUGGGAAGUGAUUGAGAAGGAAAUACAUCUAUUCAAGGUU